CUGUCAAUACUUCCUCCGUUUCAUAAUACUCGCCACACUUUCCUUUUUUAUCGGUUUCAUAAUACCUGCUAUGUGUGAGUUUUAUAGAACGGAGGUAGUAUUUGUCUACUUCAAAACAGUUGAAUUUGCACAAAAAUUCACACCCAAAGACAGUAUGCUGCCAAUGCCAACACAAUGCACCAAGAUUGUUGCUUGAUCUUCACAAUUUGGUGCAGCAAAAUGUUUCUAAGAGCUUUUCUUUUACUUGUUUCGAUACAAUCGUGUGCUUCGGUUGAUACUAUAACUCCUACUAGUCCCCUUAUGGAAGGUGAUGUCUUAACAUCCGAAUCAGGAAAGUUUACUCUAGGAUUCUUUAGCCCGGGAAACUCCACUCGAAGAAAAUUCGUUGGGAUUUGGUUCUCGAAGGUUACAGUGCAAACUAUUGUUUGGGUUGCUAACGGAGACAAACCCAUCAAUGGCCCGCGUGCAACCCUUUUGAUUGAUAGAGACGGACACCUUACAAUCACUACUCGAAAAACUACCAUAUGGUCUACUGACAUUGCAGCUCCUGUUUCGGUUAAGAACAUAAACAGCACCUCAUGUAAACUUCUAGAUUCGGGGAAUUUAGUCUUGACUACUAGUAAUGGAAAUUAUAUGCUCUGGCAAAGUUUUGAUCACAUUACAGACACUUUUCUACCAGGAAUGAAACUUGGGUUGGAUAAAAGAACAGGGAUAGAACACUAUUUAACCUCUUGGAGAUCAAAAGAUGAUCCGGGUCUUGGGAAUUUGUCAUUUCGGGUUGAUCCAAAUGGGUCUCCUCAGUUUUUUUUGUACCGAGAUUCUAGCCCAAUUUGGAGGACGGGUCCUUGGGUUGGACAGAAAUGGAGUAGAGUUCCUGAUAUGACACAUUCUAGUAUGAUCAUCAACUACAGAUUUGUGAAUGAUAUAAAUGAGGUUUCGGUAUCCUACAAAGUUCUUAAUGAUUCUAUCAUCUCGAUCUUUAUGGUGGAUGGACAUUCAGGAACGAUUCAGAGGCGAACAUGGCACGAGAAUACGAAUCGUUGGAUCGUGUUAUGGUCAGCACCCAAGGAGGUUUGUGAUCAGUAUGAUGAGUGUGGUGUUUUUGCUAGCUGCAAUCCCAAUUGUAGCAACCAAUUUCAGUGCACCUGUUUUCCUGGGUAUGAACCAAAAUCAGUGCGAGAUUGGAAUGUGAGAAACGGUUCACAAGGAUGUGUAAGGCAAGAAAACAGGUCAAUGUGCAAUAACGGAGAAGGGUUCUUAAAGCUAGAACAUAUGAAGGUGCCCGAUACUUCAAACGCGUUAGUGAACAAGACCUUGACAUUGAAAGAAUGUGAAGAAGAAUGCUUGAAGAACUGUUCUUGCACAGGCUAUACCAGUGCAGGCACUGGCUGCAUUACAUUGUAUGGUGUCUUAAAGGAUAUAAGGGUGUAUCCUUUGGGGGGCCAAGAUGUGUACUUUCGAGCGGAUGCAGUUGAGUUAGAGAAAUAUCGAAAAUCGAAAGUUCCCUUCUCAAAAAAGAAGAUUGAAGCAGUUUUGAUAGUGAUAAUGGUGAUGGCAUUCACAUUACUUGUAGUUUUUAUGGUGUAUUGGCGUCACCUGAAGAAGAAAAAAGAGGCAGAAGAAAGGUCUCUAUGGACAAUAAAUGACGAAGAAAGCGAUUUAAGUUCGGAUUUACCAUUCUUCACUCGUAACGAAAUAGCUGCAGCCACAGAUAAUUUCAGUUUGGCUAAUAAGCUUGGUGAAGGCGGCUUUGGAUCUGUGUACAAGGGUAAGUUGGAAAAUGGGCAAGAAAUUGCUGUGAAAAAACUGGCUCUAAAUUCAGGACAAGGUAUACAAGAAUUCAAGAAUGAAGUUAGACUAAUUGCUAAACUCCAGCAUAGGAACCUUGUCAAGAUGUUAGGUUGUUGCGUCCAAGGAGAGGAGAAAAUGUUGAUCUACGAAUUCAUGCCAAACAAGAGCUUAGACACACUCAUUUUUAAUGAAGAGAAUAGGUCGUUGCUAGAUUGGAAAAAACGAUUUGAAAUCAUAAUUGGGAUUGCUCGAGGAGUGUUAUAUCUUCAUCGAGACUCAAGAUUAAGGAUCAUUCAUAGAGACUUGAAAGCAAGCAAUAUUCUUCUUGACAAAAAUAUGGUUCCCAAGAUUUCUGAUUUUGGCAUGGCUAGAAUAUUUGGAAAUGAGCAACUACAAGUAAACACCACAAGGGUGGUUGGAACCUUUGGAUAUAUGGCACCAGAGUAUGCAUUAGAAGGCCUGUUGUCAAUUAAGUCGGAUGUUUUUAGCUUCGGAGUCUUAUUAUUGGAGAUUAUUACUGGUAGAAAAAACUUGGAUUUUUCUCCUGAAAAUCCUUUCGUCAAUUUAGUUGGUUGUGUUUGGGAUCUUUGGAAAGAAGGUCGAGCAUUGGAGAUAGUCGAUAAAUCUCUGAGAGAAUAUGCUAUGGACGAGGAACUGUUGAGUUGUAUUCAGAUCGGACUAUUAUGUGUUCAAGAAUGUGCAGACGACAGGCCUACAAUGACGACAGUAAUGCUUAUGUUGAGCAGCAAAGUGGAACUUCCUUCUCCGAAUCAACCUGCAUUCAUUCAUAAAGGAAGUCUACAUCAUGUUGAUCCAUCGUUAUCAAGUGUUGAGGCUUGUUCGGUAAAUGGACUCUCGAUUACCACUAUAAUAAAUGGUCGAUGAGGGAUGGUUUAGGCCGAAGACCUAGGAUUUGGUUUCGUACGUACAUCUGAUCGAACGUCUAUUAUUGCUAGGUAGUUUUUGUAUACUCUACAUUUGGAUGCUUUGUCAAAUGUGAUGAUUUUAUGCUACAAAGUACAUGGAUACAUUCUAUAGCCAAAAGCUGAAGUAUUAGCAAUCAACCAUUACGUUAUAACCAACAACAAUGCAUGUAGUAGCCACUACGUAACAAUUCUAGCUUUAUUUAAGUAGCCACCAGCCAACAAUGUAUGAACUUUAGAAAAAGAGCAUUGCUAAGUUUUGCAAAUGACAUGAUUGUAAAUUAUAAAACCAUUGGUACAAUUUUUGUUUUAUUGUGAUACAUGAAUGAUUUUUUUAAG